AUGAGGAGGCUCUUUCCUCUGCUGUGCCUCCUGCUGCUCUCUCACGGAGCGAGGCGGGCGUGGGCCACUCACAUCUGGACCAUAGGCAACCAGCAGGACGCAGACAACAGCAGCAGCAGCAGCAGCCGGCCCCGGAGCCACAGCGACCUGAAUGUGGACAGAAACCUAAAGACUGACGUGGCCGUCAUCACGAUCGGAGAUGGCUCCUCGCUGGAGUUUGAUUUCCCUGAAAACUCCAAAGGUGUCAUCGUGGUCUCCACCUGGUUCUCCAACAGCAGCGUGCUGAGCCAGGACGGCUGGAGGCAGACUCUAAGAGUGCAGUCCUUGGACCCAGAGAUGUUGUCCAUCCUGAAUGUGUCUCGCAGCAGAGAGACGUUGGGAGCUCAGAGCUACAUCAUCAGGAUCCGCUCGGGCUUCCCGGGCCGCGUCCAGCUGCACAUCCAGCUGCUGCGGCAGGAGCGGGACUCUGUACCUGUGCUCCUCGCCGAGAGGACUGACUACUUUAUCACUGUGGUGCCGUGGAGCGACGACCCCGCCUCUCGCCUCAUCCGCUCCGGGGGUCUGUCUCACUUCUCCGAGCACCCUGUCCUGUUCGCCUUGCUGCCUGUCAUCUUUGUAAACAAGUGUGCCUUUGGCUGCAAGGUGGAGGGGGAGGUGCUGCGGAGGCUGCUGCGGCGCCCGGUGCCGUUGCUGCUGGGCGCCGUGGGACAGUUUGUGGUGAUGCCGCUGUACGGUUACUGCGUGUCACAGCUCGCUCGCCUCCCGAAGGCACUGGCCCUGGGGCUGGUCAUCACCUGCUCAGCUCCUGGGGGGGGAGGAGGGUACCUGUACAGCCUUCUGCUGGGAGGAGACGUGACCCUGGCCAUCUCCAUGACUCUGGUGUCCACUGUGGUGGCGGUGGGUGCCAUGCCCCUGUCCUCGGCCGUGUACGGGCGGCUGCUGGGUGUGCACGCCGCUCUCCACGUGCCCUUCAUUAAGAUCCUGGGCACGUUGUUGUUCAUCGCCAUCCCCAUCUCGCUGGGCGUCCUGAUCAAGCUGCGUCUGCCGGCGCUGACCCGCCUCCUGCUGAUGCUCAUCCGGCCCCUGAGUGUGUUGCUCAUGGUCGGAGGCAUCUUCAUGGCGUACCAGAUGGGAGCCUCUAUCUUGGCCAACGUGUGGCCCCACAUAGUGCUAGUGGGGGUCACUGUGCCGGUGCUGGGGCUGGCAGUGGGGGCCCUCCUGGCCCGAGUGGCCGGCCUGGACCCCCCCCAGCGGAAGACUGUGAGCAUCGAGGUGGGGGUGCAGAACAGUCUGCUGGCUCUGGCCGUGAUGCAGCUGUCGUUCCGCCGCACGGAGGCCGACUUCGCGUCUCAGGCUCCGUUCAUUGUGGCGCUGAGCAGCACCUCUGAGAUGCUGCUGCUGGUCCUGGUGCAUUUGGCCCGGAACCGGCUGUGUCCGCCGGCCAAUCAGUGCGACGCCUGA